UUUACCGCGUCGUCUAAUAACAAACCCACAGCAGAGCAUUCUGGUCCUAGUUUGCGUUAUUCUGAGAUUUCUACGUUUCUGUUCAGUUGUCUACCAUAUGACAAACAACAUCUAUUUAAUUAUUUGUGUCAGGAUAAACUCGACCUGUCUCGAAAUAAAGCACAGUACGAGGAGGAACUUUGUCCAGCAAAAUAGGAGAAGGACCGACAACAUUUCAAGAAACAAGUUGUGUUUACACAGAACAGACGUCUGUGAAGAACAUAAUCUCCCUGGGCAGCAGGAGUGGACGUCCACGAUGGAGCAAGGAGAGCCACAGCCCUUACACCUUAAAGAUGAAGAGUCACAGCCCCCACAUAUUAAAGAAGAAAAUGAAGAACACCGCAUCAGUCAGAAGGGAGAGCUGGAGGAGUUCCCAUUUACUGUUGUCAUUGUGAAAAGUGAAGAUGAUGAGAUCCAAAGUGAAAGUGAGGUGGAGCCUUCAAGCAGCAGCUCAACCCAACACAAGACAACAGAAGCUGAUGGAGACGACUGCGGAGGAUCACAAGCAGACAAGGUCUUUGCUCCACUAUCAACGUCACACCCGCCUGACAUUGAUGAUGAAGACUCUAAAGCUGAAAGGACAUGUCACUCUGACAACACAUGCUUUAUAUGUUCUUACUGUGACAAAACCUUUAACGACCGUCGUAAUAUGAAAAAACACACCAAAAUACACACUGGAGAAAAACCUUUUUCCUGUAAAAUCUGCAGCAAAGAUUUUACACAAAGGCACCAUUUGCGAAGACACAUGAGAACACACACUGGAGAAAAACCUUUUUCUUGUUCAAUCUGUGGGAAAGGUUUUACACAAAGUCAGUGUUUGAAAAGACAUACAAGAUUACACACUGGAGAAAAUCCCUUUACCUGUUCAAUCUGUGGGAAAGAUUUUGUACAAUGUCACAAUUUGAAAGUACACAUGAGAAUACACACUGGAGAAAAAACGUUUACGUGUUCAAUCUGUGGUAAAGGUUUUGUACAAAGUCAAAACUUGAAAGGACACAUGAGAAUACACACGGGUGAAAAACCUUUUUCCUGCUCAGAAUGCGGUAAAGGUUUUGGCCAAAAAACGGUGCUGAUAGAACACAUGAAAAUACACACUGGGGAAAAACCUUUUUCUUGUUCAAUCUGUGGUAAAGAUUUUGUACGAAGGCGUUAUUUUCAAAUACACACGAGAACACACACUGGAGAAAAACUACUCUCCUGUUCAAUCUGUGGUAAAGAUUUUGUUCAAAGUCAACAUUUGAAAGUACACAUGAGAACACACACGGGUGAGAAAGUGUUGAGUUGCAGUGAGUGUGGUGAAAGAUUCUCUUAUAAGUACCAGUUUAAGAAACAUAAAUGUGCUGGUGAGAACAGCAGCACAAAAUGAAGCUGCAGGAUUUUCAAUCAAUUUUCAAGACUUGAUUAACUUUGACUUUCUAACAUCAUCACAUAUAACAUGUGUGUUACAGUAUUGUGUGUGUGUAACACAAUCUUGCUUCUAUGCUUCUACCAUUUAUAAAUUAGAUAUUUUAGAUUGGUGCUUCUUUGCAGUCAAGUACAUGCAUUAAUAUACUACAUUGUGUACUUUUAUUUAAAAACAAAACAAUAUGACUGAAAAGGUGAGACUGAAUAAUAAAAUACAUAUUUUAUAUACAAUAAACAUUGUUUGUGUAUAUGGAUAUUCAUAAUUCACAGUUAUACUUACUCAUAAUUGUGUGUUUAUAUAGUUUUGUAAUAAUGAAGUAGUAGAUGUUUUCAUUCAUGAUUGUAAAUGAUUCCAUAGAUAAACUCCUUUACAUGACAUACAUAUUUGUUUUACAUGUGUUCAUAUCUUUGCUUUUGAGUAUACAUACAUCCCCCUUAGUUCAUAUUUACUGGUUCACAUCUGAAACAUCUUCUGGACCACUUCUGGAAUCAUAUUAUUAUUAACUUUAUACAUCAUUUGAGCAGUUGUGUUUUGUACAAGAUUAUUUACUUUUAAUAUGUGUGACUUUAUAAAUAAUUUAAGUCUUGAUAGUCCAAUCUAUUGCCUUUAUUACUCUUUUACGAUUAUUUUAUAUGUAUGUCCCCAGACCUUUAUACAACAAGCAAUGUGUGCUUAAACUAAAUAAUGCUGUGGAAUAAAUGUAGUUAUUUGUUGA